UUCACGCGAAUUGCACAAAGUGUUUAGUCCUUAUCGAUCUGACAUUCAACGGCUCGUUUCUUUAAAAACACGUGUUUAAAAACACGAGCGGGAUGUGUCAAGUCUCGGAGCUGCGUACAUGGAGAGGAUCAACCCGAGAAUAAAGAGAAAAGGUGCGCUCUUUUCUGACCACCGCUCUCUGCCGGACAGCACACGUGGACGCUCAUGCCGGGAUGGACUUUAAUGUCUCACUUAGCAAAAUGUGUGGAUGGUUGUUUUCGGAGCAGCUUCACAAGAAAGACAUAUAGUUGCAUUUUUAUUAAAUUGUAGAAUUGAAGCAGCAGGCUCCGUGCAUUACUCUUGCUGUCACCGAACAUAGGCUAAAUUUGAGCUCGUUCAUCAGCAAACGCACAAAGAUGGAUUUGGGUAAAGUCGUCUUGUUUAUCCUCCUCCUACACUGCGCAACGCUGAGCUCAGCCUUGUCGACCUGUGCCACCGUAGAUAUUGAUCAUGUGAAGAGAAAGAGGGUUGAGGCCAUACGCGGUCAAAUCCUGAGCAAACUUCGCCUAACAAGUCCCCCCAAAUCCAUGGGACCGAGCAAAAUCCCUGAUCAAAUCCAGGCGCUGUACAACAGCACCAAGGAGCUGCUUGAGCAGCUCGGGAAGGAGCGGCAGCAGAACUGCGGUCAGGACAACACUGAGACGGAGUACUACGCUAAAGAGAUCUACAAGUUCAACAUGCUCUAUGGACCACAGGAAAACAAUGAUCUAACCCACUGUAUAAAAGGAGUCACCUCCAAGAUUUUCCGUUUUAAUGUUUCUGCCAUGGAGAGGAACUCCACCAACCUCUUCAGAGCUGAGUUUCGUGCUUUAAGGAUCCCGAAUUCCAGUGCCAAAAGGAACGAACAGCGGAUUGAGCUCUACCAGAUUCUCAGGCCAAAUGAACACAUUCGAAAACAGCGCUAUAUUGGAGCAAAAAACAUAUUGACCAAAGGCACCCCAGAGUGGGUGUCUUUUGAUGUGACUGAAACAGUGCGAGAAUGGCUCAUGAACAGAGGCUCCAACAUGGGUUUGGAGAUCAGUGUGCACUGCCCAUGCAACACAUUCAGCCCUAAUGGUGACAUCAUUGAUGAGAAUGAGGUUCUGGAAGUCAAGUUUAAAGGGAUUGAUGGAGAAGAGGAGCAGAGUCGCUUGGACCUGGAUAAUUUAAAGAAAAAGGACCAGUCUUUGCCUCACCUGAUACUGAUGAUGAUCCCCCCUCAUCGCCUCGACACACAGUCCACACGUAGACGCAAGAGAGCCUUGGACACAAACUACUGUUUCUCGACCACAGAGGAGAGCUGCUGUGUUCGAAAGCUUCACAUUGAUUUCCGUCGAGACUUGGACUGGAAAUGGAUUCAUGAGCCCAGUGGUUACGAUGCCAACUACUGCUCUGGGCCAUGCCCGUACCUGCGCAGCGCAGACACCACGCACAGCUCACUGCUGAGCCUGUACAACACUCUGAACCCCGAGGCUUCAGCCUCUCCCUGCUGUGUUCCUCAGGAACUGGAGCCCCUCACUAUUCUGUACUACUCUGGACGGACCCCCAAAGUGGAGCAGCUCUCCAACAUGAUUGUCAAGUCCUGCAAGUGCAGCUGAGGCGCCUCCAGUCUUAUGGGGUUACACUUUUAGCUGUGAUCAAAACUUUUGCAACUGUGGCCUCACAGCUCAGAGACACUUGGGAAGUAAUUUAACAUUGUAUAUUUAAAUGAUUGACCCUCACAUUAGUUUUCAGUAUUUUUGUACCUUUCUGCAUCUUGAAUAAAGAUAAACCCAAGCAAUUGGAAAUGUUAAUUUAAGCAGAAAAUCAGAGUAAAACUCUGAGCUAGCUGAUCUUAAAUUGCCUCCAUUGUGAAAUCAAGCAUUUUGUCCUGCAGUCUUGUUAGAUUGGAUUUCUUCCCUGGACUUAAGAACAGUGGGCAUUAUACUCCAACACAAAGGGAAAAAGGGCAGACCUGCUGCUGUAUCCAGAGCCAUAGCUGUGGUCAGAGAAGGGAGAGCCGACAGAAUGACUGUUGGAUUUGCAAAUGGAAAGUGGAUGAACCAAAAGUUGAGCCAAGCUUUUCUUUCUUUGGGCCAGUCGGCGAUGAUGAACUUUUUUGUGAAUUCAAUAUAACUAAUCGUAGAAGAAAAACAGAAGGACUGCAGGAGAAGAACUGUGAUGGAAACUCUAUCCAGGAGCGCACUGCCAUUCACUGGACACUAUCACUCUUCUUCAGACUAUUUCUGGACAAAAUACUGUAUACUGGAAAAGAAACUGUUACACAACCACUUAAACAAGAUUUAUUUUACAGUAAAACCAGAUUUGGUCUGUUAUGCAACAUUUAAUGUAAUAGAUUGCUCAUAAAUGGGAUUGGAUUGUGACAUAUAUCUUGGAUUUUCAAACCAUAUGUUUGGGUUGCACAAUGAGGCCUGCUUAUUACAGUUAAAGUCCCUAUGUAUUCUUAAAAUCUAGCAAAAAUCCACAACAAUGAUAAUAUUAAUUAGGAUGUCGUUAAAGUCACAGUUUUAUUUAGGUUUCUGCCCUUUUAAUGCCAAAAGAUGAAAGUGUGUGGAGUUACAGUUUCUAUACAGUUUGACUUGGUGCUCUUUAACAAUGAGGCCCAAUUGAUAUUGAAUGAAGAUGUGAAGAAAGACAAGACAUUUUCAAAGGGUCUGAAUUUAGCACAACAGUUGUCAUGUUUCUGAACUUGUACUGUUUGACAUUCACAGAAGCUGAGCAGUAAUAUUCUUUGAUUUUGAUGAAAAAAGAAAAUAUUGAUUUGUAAUAAAAAGGAAAGAUAAAAAGUCAA